AUGGCUUCAAGCGCUGACAUCAUAACGCUUGACAACUUUGAGCGGCUGUUGCCAAAAUGGGACCCCGCGGGCCCCAAUUACCUGUACGCCCUGGUUGAUAUGGGCAGCAACGGCAUCCGCUUCUCCAUCUCGGACCUCACCCCGCCCCAGACCCGUCUGCUGCGCCCGAUAUACCGCGAACGCGCCGGCAUCUCCCUUUUUGACGCCCUCAACUCCUCCUCCACCGCCGCCUCCGAGCCCCUGACCUUUCCCCCCGAGACAAUCACAAAGGUCGCCGAGACCCUCGCCCGCUUCCGUCGCAUCGCCGUCUCCUAUGGCGUUCCCCCCGCCCACUUCUCCGUCCUGGCCACCGAGGCCAUGCGCCGCGCCGCCAACGCCGCCGAUAUGCUAAAGGCCAUCCGCGAGGCUGCCGACAUUGGAGUCCACGUCCUCGCCCCCGAGGUCGAGACCCUCUUCGGCGCCGUCAUGGGCUCCCGCUCCGCCUUCGUCGACAUCUCCCGCGGCGGCCUCUUCCUCGACCUCGGCGGCGGCUCCGUACAGAUGACCUGGGUCGACACCCGCCUGCCCGACUACGAGAUCGCCGCCGCCCUCGCCGGCGAGAGCAUGCCCUUCGGCGCCGCCCGCCUCAUCCGCAUCCUCGAGGGCCAGACCGCGGAGGUCCAGGCCCAAGAGAAGCAGAAGCUCAACGCGAGCAUGCAGGGCGCCUUCGCCAAGCUCUGCGACAAGUUCCCCGCCCUCGCGCAGGCGAAGCAAGAGUGGGCUGCUGCCGGCGGCGCCGUCAACGGGACCGUCCCCGGCGGCAUCGACGCCUACCUCUGCGGCGGCGGCUUCCGCGGCUACGGGUGCAUGCUGCAGCACAACGACCCCAUCCAGCCGUACCCGAUCCCCUCGGUUGGCACCUACACCGUGACGGGCGAGUUCUUCAAGCAGACGGAAAAGAUGCGCCGCGUCAACCGCGAGCACGAGGGCAAGAUCUACGGCAUGUCGAAGCGCCGCCGCCAGCAGUUCCCCGCCAUCAUCGAGGUCGUCGAGGCCUUCAUCCGCACCGUCCCGCACUUGCGCACCGUCACCUUCUGCGGCGGCUCCAACCGCGACGGCGCCCUGCUCAUGAAGCUCCCCAAGAGCGUGCGCGAGAGCAACCCGCUCGAGGCGCUCGCGGGCUUCGCGCUGCAGAGCUACUCGGGCGAGGAGGACGGCGAGCUCGCCGUUGCGGGGGCGGUGCUGCGCACGCUGUACGGCGCGGUGCCCAAGAACGUCGACAUCUCGCGCACGCCGACCGUCUUCUCGCUCGGGCUCGGCCCGCUGUUCGCGAAGCAGAUCUGGAUCCACCAGGGUGAGGACGACGACGCCAACGCGUCGUACGCGCUGCACGAGACGGUCACCAGGGACCCGAGCGCCCCCGGGCUGACGCACCUGGCGAGAGCGGUGCUGGGCCUGACGGUGUGCGCGCGGUGGGGGUCCAACCUGGGCCCGAUCGAUGCGCAGCUGUACGGGAACCUGAAGGGUCUCGUGGCGGAGGCGAAGCUGGAGAGCGUGUUUUGGGCCGAGUAUUUGGGUGCUGUCGCGGCUGUGAUUGUGGACUUGGUGCCGGCGUGGCCCAAGAAUGUGGAUGAGUUGGAGUCGACUUUAAGAUUCGAAGCCAAAGAGAGCGUAGACCCAGACAAGAAGCGCGCGCGGAUCGACCUCGUCGUGCACGUCGCGCCGGGCGCCGCGGUGGGCAUCGACCCGGAAGACGUGCUGGCGCGGCUGGCGAACGUGGGGAAGAAGCGCAAGGACGGGACGAAGCCGGAGAAGAGGGUCACGGUCAGGAUCCAGGAGAUGCAGAAGUGA